ACCAGAAAGAAGUCACUCUUGGGAGUGAAUCUCUUGCAUGAAUGGGCAAACCUCGUCUCUAUCUUUCGCCGUUGCCACUGUUGCCACUACUCUGUAUCGACUGCGCUGGAGUUCAUACUGUUGGCUGUUGCAGGAACUAAUAAUAAGAGUAUCCAAGUUCCUCAGCCUGUAUUUGCUCUGGCUGAGAGAAGCAGUAUCAUAGAACUGACCUGAAUAUUUAAUUAUUAAGAAGGAUACGGUAUAUACCGAUGAUGAUUCGGUUAGUGGCAUUGAUCCACCUAGAAGCCAGAAGGAAGCUGGGGUUGUUGUUGGCAUCUCUGUGUUCGCUGCUGCUGCCCAAAUUCCUUCAUGACAAGUGUUUUUCCAGUAAUCGACAUUUAGUAUUGCGCCGAGAAGAAGAGGGCGAGGGUUUGCCUCAUCAGAACCCUCGCGUCAGAGAGAAUACUAAUGACACCAUCAUCCGAAACCACCCCAAUCACAACCACAACCACAAUAUCAACCAAAGUCAAGACGAUUUCCGAGUCUCCAUUGUCAGCCGGAAUGCCUUGUCCGUCGAGAUUUUGGAUGGUGGUGUGUCGCUCGAAGAUGGAGUCGAAGAGGACGACAUUCGAAUACUACAACAAUCACCAUCAACCACCCAGACGACGACGAGACUCCAACGAGUCAUUGCGACCACACUGCAACGGGCCGAACAUCCGAUUGAAAAGCUAGAUCUCUUUGCCUCUCAUUUCCGUGCCGAUUUGACCGCCCACCGAAUCCUCUCCAUUCUGCAAGUGCUGCCACAGCCACAACUGCGGCGUCUCCAGCUGGGUGGCCUGCGCCUUCCCGUCCAAGAACUCUGUAAACUCAUUGCACAUUCACCACACCAAUUGACGCAUUUGGCACUCUAUGAUUUGGAAUUCUCUUCUUCGGCUACCUCAGAUGAGGAUGAUGUUGUAGAACAAUUAUUGCAACGUUCCUCAUCAUCAUCAUCAUCAUCAUCACUGGCUCUGGAAGAGUUUGUCGCAGUCUUUGUCCGGCUGGAGAAUCGCACAGUGACGUUGGAUCCCCUGAUCCGAUUCUUGCAAUCGGCCAAUCGAUUGAAACAGCUGGAAUUGGUCAUGGAUCACAGUCAUGCCUACAUUCAUGGGUAUCCUCGUCAACAACCUCAACCACAGCUGCAACCGCCCUGCCUCUUUCAGCCCACAUCCUUGCAGCACCUCUUGCAAUCCACAUGCCAGCAUUUGGAGACUGUCAUUCUGGAAUACGUACCACUGGAGACAACGCAUUAUCAAGCCAUGACAGACCAUGGGGCAUCCAUCAAGCACUUGCGCCUACGGGAUGAGCCCGGCUCCGCGACAACAGAUGCUCGUAUCCGCGCAUUGGCACUGCUUUUGAAACGACAUCGGGACACGUUGGAAUCGAUCAGUCUGGAUGGACUUUGGGGGCAACAACAACAACAGAAACAGAAACAAUCUAUGCCAGCUUCGUCCGACCUAUUCCGAGUGCUCUCCCAAAGUAGCUCGAUUCGCACUGUGAGACUGCGGAGUCUACCCAUGCAACUGGAUGAUUUGCGAACCUUGUUGCAAAACAAUGCCACUCUGGAUCAUCUCUCACUGCACAGCAUGUCCUUUUGUGGUGCAGCAACUACUGCAACAACCAUCAGGGAUACUCGCAUCCACAACAACAACAACAACACUAUAGUAGUAUUGGAAGACGCGGUAGUGGAACAAUCCGUCUUUUCCGUUCUGGUACAGAUUCUCAAGGGGCGCAGCAACAGCAACACGGGAUUGACCAGACUCUCCUGGAAACAAGCCGAAUUUCGCAAGACAGAGGUCUUUCCACGACGACGCAAACCCAAGGCGUUUUAUCGGCGGUACCCGUACCGCAAGAAAAAGAUGGAGCAGCAACAGCAUGAUGAUGACCCGCCAUCAUUGCAUCAACAGUUGCACUGGUACCUGACCCUGAAUCAAAGAGGGAUUCGGAAACUCAUGGUGGAUGUCAAUACAUCCCGAGAACAGCUCUUGCAACAGUUAGUGGUGCAGCAGCAGGGGUCAAGACAAAUGCAGUUCUUGGUCCCUCCGCCACAAACACAGCAAGCACGUGCUAGUAGCAGCAUGACAAACCAUGCACCACCAACCGCACAAGUGCUGAUCCAAGAUGCUUCCGAGAAGGAAAACCUUGACGAGUACGCAUUGGAUUGUAUCUAUUAUUUGCUGUCCAAUAAUGUAUCCAUGAUCUGUGGAUGAUGGCACUAACGAAUAACCGUAGACGCACCAGCUGCGUUUUUCCAAGGUGGCAGCCACAGUUUUUAGUAGUAUUUAGCUAUCCCUUGCAUUGUU